AAAAAGUAUCGGCCUGCCGAUAGUUCCCGGCCGUUAGCCAAGUCCAAAUUCGACCGACCAAUAGUCUCGCAAAACACAAAACAAAGGCACACCACACGUCGUGCUCUCGCCGAAUUCCGCCGCCGUCGCCUGAAACUCACACAAAAUAGCAAAAUUCUAGGUGGUACGAGCCGACGACGACGAAGAAUCUGAGAAACCGCUUAUAUAAUCCGGCAGUGAAGGAGACAGGCCCCCAAAUCCCGACAAGAUGUUGCGAAUCCUGCGAAGUUCCUCAUCCAGGUGCUCUAGUCUUCAGCAGAGCGUGCUGAAAAGUUCCACUCGCUGUCUUGGUUCCGUUAUACCGGACCUUAAACUGAAGGACUUCCCGAUCGUCAAUGAGCCGAUCCUAGGAUAUCGCAAGAACUCUAAGGAGCGUAAGGCCCUCGAGCAGGCUCUGAAGGGUACGGCCUCCAGUUGCGAAGACAUCCCCAUCGUAAUCGGCGGCAAGGAGUACAAGACGCCGGACGUUCGAUACCAGGUCAUGCCCCAUGACCACCAACACAAGCUGGCCAGCUUCUACUACGCCGACAAGAAGCUCAUCGAGAAGGCCAUCAAAACGGCGGUGGAAACGCAGCCCAAGUGGGACCGUGUGUCGAUUGCAGACCGCCUGAAGAUCUGGGAGAAGGCAGCGGACCUAAUGGCAACGACGUACCGCCAGGAUCUCAACGCCGCUACCAUGCUGGGCCAGUCCAAGACUGCGAUCCAAGCGGAAAUCGAUUCGGCAGCGGAGCUUAUCGACUUUAUACGAAUGAAUGCCUAUUUUCUGAAGGAGGUCACUAAAUACCAGCCCAUCAGCGAGAACAUAAAGGUCACGAAGAACUCGUUGCGCUAUCGUGGCAUUGAUGGCUUCAUCGCCGCUGUCAGCCCCUUUAACUUUACGGCCAUCGGUGGCAACUUGUCCUACACGCCAGCUCUGAUGGGAAACGGCGUGCUGUGGAAGCCCUCGGACACUGCCAUGCUGUCCAACUGGAUUAUUUUUAAGAUUAUGCGCGAAGCGGGAGUGCCCGAUGGAGUCGUCAACUUUGUGCCCGCCGAUGGGCCCGUGUUUGGGGACACGAUUACGGCCAGUCCCCACCUCGCGGGCAUCAAUUUCACCGGCUCUGUGCCAACCUUCAACCGCCUGUGGAAGCAGGUGGGCAACAACAUCGACAACUACGUGAACUUUCCCCGCUUGACUGGUGAGUGUGGCGGUAAGAAUUUCCACUUCAUACAUGCAUCAGCUGACGUUGAGUCAGUGGUGACCUCCACGAUACGCUCAGCAUUUGAGUACUGCGGCCAAAAGUGUUCCGCCUGCUCGCGCAUGUAUGUGCCGGAAUCCCUGUGGCCACAGAUCAAGGAGGGCCUGGUAUGCGAGGCAGCAAAGCUGAAGAUCGGCGACGUUCAAGACUUUAGCAGCUUCACAUCGGCUGUGAUUGAUGACAAAGCAUUUAAACGCAUUACGGGCUACAUUGAGCAUGCCAAAAAGUCCCCGAACCUCGAGAUUCUCGCCGGCGGCACUUACUCAGACAGCAAGGGCUACUUCGUUAAUCCGACCAUUGUUCUCAGCAAGGAUCCGAAGGACCGCAUCAUGACCGAGGAGAUUUUCGGUCCCGUGCUAUCAAUUUAUGUGUACAAGGAGUCGGACCUCCUUGAGACCAUGAAACUGGUGCACACCUCUACCAAGUUUGCUUUAACCGGAGCAGUAUUCGGGCAGGACGAGGAUUUCGUCAAGUGCGCUCUGCAGGAGUUUAAAAUGGCCGCUGGAAACUUCUACAUCAACGACAAGUCCACUGGAUCCGUGGUGGGCCAGCAGCCAUUCGGAGGCGGCCGGAUGUCCGGCACCAAUGACAAGGCCGGUGGACCACAUUAUAUUCUGCGCUGGACCUCUCCGCAAUCCAUCAAGGAGACCUUUGUGCCGCUGCGGGACGUUAACUAUCCAUACAUGUGCGAGUAAGCUGGCCGACAGAAGAUGCGCAAGGGGAAUGGGAUGAGCAAAAGUAGUGAAAACCAGACAGGAAUCUCAUAUAACUACUAACUAUAUAAACAUAUAUAAAUGUAUUUUGUUGAAAUAUUUUUAAACACCUCCAACACCCAAAGACCCGCCCCGUAACAUCUACAUACCUAGUUCAGAUAGCUUCGAUUUGUAUACACACACACUCUAAGAAUCUCAAAAAAACCCAUGAGAAUGCCUCGAAAGUUUGUAAAUUGAUAUGCUGAUACCUUCGUACUACAAACACACCAUGACAUUGAUAUUUUAAAUGAAUACUAUGUAAUAUCAUUAAUUUAACGUACGAUUUAUACGCAAUGUGAUUAUUUAAUUAUAUGAUUUAUAAUUAAAUGGCCCGCCUUAUGUUUUAUUCGUUAUCGAUAUUGCUUGAAUUGGUUGAACCGUUUUAAAUUAUGAAAUACUUAAUGUACACACCUAUGUAUGUGAAAUCAAACGACAAUACAUUCUGAAUACUAAAUGUGAAAGAUCAUGAAGAGAUAAAGUGAAACCUAGUUACAUGUAACGUAAGCAUCAAAUUCAUAUUAAUAAAUAUAACAAAUUAAAAGAAUAA